AUGCGCAGGUGUUUGCAUUUGCCCCUGAGGUUCGUUUUGCCCCCGUUGAGAAGGCAUCAGAAUGCGCUUUGCUUUUUCGAGCGUUUCUGUGGCGAAAAGAACGGAGUGAAUGUACCUGUAUCAAGUUCGAUUGGGACAGUAGCUAGAGAGACGCUGCCAGCGCAAAGAGACGCGUACGAACAGCUAAAGGAGCGGAUUCGAGGGCUAUCUGAGGAUGAUCAACGACUUAUUUUUGAAGCUUUACAACACCCUGAGCAACAACCAAGCUCUAAAAUGGGUGGUGCCGGCAUCGGCACGAAGUCUGGUGAUAUGGUGGCGGCGUUUACCUGUGGACGUUGUGAGCAUCGCACGGUAAAGAAAUUUAGCAGACAUGCCUAUACAAAGGGCAUUGUUAUUGUCCAAUGUCCCUCCUGCGAGGUUCGACACCUUCUUGCUGACAACCUGGGAUGGUUUGUUGAUGAGGCAAAGAACAUUGAGGAUUUGUUGCGAGAAAAGGGAGAGGCCUUUGUGCGAAUUGGAAACGAUUACCAUGUCGAACCGCCUAGAGAUAAUGAGAGUUGGGAGGCGAAAACAUGA